UGCAGCUGUGUGCACAACACCGGAAGAGGGGGAGCGUGCAGCCUCCGGCCCCCGCAGCAGACCGGAGCCGGGGCCGAAGUCCUACCGUCCACCAGUCCCCCCCCCCCACCCCAGCAUGGCGGAGGCCGACCUGUACCUGCUCUAUAAGGGGGUCUACCUGCCCUCGCUGAUCCACACCCCGGAAAGUUUGCGGAACUACGAGGAGUUUGUCUUCCGCCCCGAUGACGUCAUCAUCGUAACGUAUCCCAAAUCCGGUACAACCUGGUUGAAGGAGAUUGUCCCUCUGGUCACAAGUGGAGGAGAUCCAAAGUCUGUGGAGACUCUUCAUAACUGGGACCGUGUUCCCUUCCUAGAGGAGGUUCAGGCCUCCGUUUUAAAGCUUGAAGAAAGGCCGUCUCCACGCAUUUUUUCAACCCACUUCCAUUAUAGCAUGAUGCCACCGUCCUUCUUUGAAGUAAAGCCAAAGGUGAUCUACGUCAUGAGGAACCCCAAAGACGUCUUCACGUCCUCGCUUCAUUAUCACAAGAUGGCGUCCUUCCUGGUGACCCCGGGCUCACAGACCGAGUUUCUCCACAAGUUUCUCGAAGGAAAAGUGAUGUUUGGCUCCUGGUUCGAUCACGUUAAGAGCUGGUUGAAUGUGGAGGACAAGAAGUUUAUCAUGUAUAUCUCCUAUGAGGAGAUGAUAAUGGACCUGAAGGACUCGGUCAGCAGAAUUGCCCAGUUCUUGGAGAAAGCUCUGGACGCCGAGGUGAUAGAGAAGAUAGCAGAGCGCUGUUUGUUCAAGAACAUGAAGCAGAACAACAUGUCCAACUACUCACAAGUUCCUCAUGAGAUCAUGGACCCCACCAAGUCCGAGUUCUUCAGAAAAGGAAUUGCUGGAGACUGGAAGAACCAGCUCACAGCAGCAGAGGCGGAGCACUUCGACGCCGUUUACAAAGACAAAAUGAAAGAUGUCAAAUAUAAAUUUGCAUGGGAUUAAAAGCUGUGGACUGAAAGCAGUUCCACCGCACAAUGAUCGACAGCACCCAGAACAUUUGACUGAAACUAAAGAUGUGGAAUCCAUACAGAAUUACUGUCAAAUUGCAUCAGGUUUUCUUGGGAAAAGUUCAUUAAAACCUAAUGGAGUUGAUUUAUUGACUGCCUCCCAGCUGUUAUUUUCUAAAGUACACUGGCAAAUAUUUUCAUAUGCAAAGAUAUUUACUCUGAAAGUAGAGGAAGCUUUAAUUUGUCAUCAUGAUUCCCCAUUUAAAUACAACAAAAUGAGAGG